AUGCCGCCCUUUCAGCCUGAGCGGGUUGCUGUUAUAGGGGGUGGUUGCACGGGUAUCACGACCUUCUGGGCGUUGCAAAAUUCCGCCCAUGAUGUUCAUCUAUUUGAAGCCUCAGACUCUCUUGGUGGGCGCGUAAAUGCCCUGCCCUUUGAGCAUAAUGGUCACCGAGUUGAUGUGAAUACAAGUUCUCCCAAUUUCAAUGCCGGGGCUUCUCCAAACCUCGUUUCGUUGUUAGACUACCUUGGGAUAACCAGUGCCAAGGCUCCGUUCUCCUUUGGGGCUACGGAUGGGAUUGACAGUUUCCAAUGGUGUGGUAGCAUACUGAAAAGCAUUCUUCUUCGUCCAUGGACACUUUGCAACUUAGAGACCUAUCGCAUACUGUGCGAUGCUGUUUGGCUGAAAUACAUGGCCGUGGAUGUACUCGAUCCCGGCUUUGAGGCUUGUAAACCCACGGAUCCCCAGUCGUUAUCCUCGCAUGAGUACCUCGCAGGCGAAGAGUACUCCAACACCUUUAUCGAGAACUACUUAGCCCCACUGCUGUCCAUUCUGUGGAGCACGAAUGCGGGCAAGUUCCUGCCACGGGUUCCUGCGAAAGCCCUUGUCCAGGCCCUUCAUCAUCACCAACUGCUGAAGCCCCGUCAAGCCUUGCCAAACUGGCGUCGUAUCGGACCAGGGAUGAGCCAGUUCAUCCAGACCAUGACCAAAAGCUUUCCCUCCUCGAAGGUUCAUCUCAAGACUAGAGUAACAGAGAUUGUUCAGUAUGGAAAGAAGUUCGGUAUCAUGACAUCUGCAGGCGAAGAACUGUUCUUCAACCAUAUAGUCUUCGCCGUUAACGGCCAGGAGACUAUCAAGAUAUUGGGAUCGCUCGCAAAUGAACAAGAAAAGGGGAUCAUCCGAAGUCUAGGCUCAACCAGAAACAUCUCUGUUUUACAUUCUGACCCUCUUGUGCGUCCCAUCUACUUCCCUUAUAUAUGCCCUACUGACCUCACAAAUCAGCUCAUGCCCAACGUCGAAGACCCCGGCCCCGCCUGCAACUACAUCCUAGGCCCCAGCAACCAAGACUGGCAGACCCAGCCAAGCAACACUACCACCACCAUCACAUCCCACAUCUCCAGUCUCAGCUACAUCGCCAACUUCGUCGACAGCAUCCCAUCCCACCUCUUCGGCCCCAUUUACAUCACCCUAAAUCCCUUCACCCCACCGCACCCAAGCCACGUGCAAGGUGUAUGGGAGUUCACCGACCCCGAGCCUAGCGCCCAGACCCUAAUAGCACAACAUCAUCUCCCCACCAUCCAAAACAAACGUGGACUAAGUUACGGUUUCUGCUGGACAGGACGCGGACACUUAGAAGAUGCCAUCACGGCUGGUCUCAGGAUCGCCAUCCAGGAUUUAGGCGCCGAGGCCCCGUUCCACGUGCAAUUUCACCAGGAUCCCUUGGAGGCGGCUGCAUCAGGGCCUCCUCCGAGCCUCGGCUUGAGAGAUAAUGUGAUCCGGACGAUUAUUCGCCUGAUUCAUGUUUAUGUUCUUAUUCUGAGAUUUGUUUUGGUUCUGUUGAGGGCUUUGCCGGGGGCGGCUGAGAAGGCGAAGACGAGGUUUAGAUCGGUGUGCAAUGCUACCACUAGUGGUACCAAGAAGAAGAGGUCUUGA